GCCAACUCCACAUCCGGUUCGCCAAAGCCAGACUUCCGGUGUGUAAAGAACGUCUGUGAAGAUGGCGCUCGCCAGUUUUUUGCCAGCUCCAACACAGCUGUCUCAGGAUCAGCUGGAGGCAGAGGAGAAGAUAAGAGCCCAGAAGUCACGCCAGACAGCACUGGUUGCAUCACGAAGAGAGCCACCUCCAUACGGACAUCGAAAGGGCUGGGUUCCGCGGGCUCUUGAGGAUUUCGGAGAUGGAGGCGCAUUCCCAGAAAUUCAUGUGGCACAGUACCCACUGGACAUGGGUAAAAAGAAGCGUGUGUCCAAUGCUUUGGCUGUUCAGGUUGAUGCAGAGGGAAAGAUUAAAUAUGAUGCCAUCGCUCGACAGGGGCAAUCAAAGGAUAAGGUUAUUUUUAGCAAAUACACAGACCUUUUACCUAAAGAAGUGAUGAAUGAAGAUGAUCCCGAUUUACAAAGACCUGACGAGGAAGCAGUUAAAGAGCUGACAGAGAAAACCCGGCAGGCUCUGGAUAAGGCUGUAUCCCAAAAGAUAGCAGCCGCCAUGCCAGUCCGGGCAGCAGACAAGCUGGCACCAGCACAGUACAUCAGGUACACUCCAUCGCAGCAGGGUGUCGCGUUCAAUUCUGGUGCCAAACAGAGGGUAAUACGAAUGGUGGAAAUGCAAAAGGAUCCAAUGGAGCCACCUCGUUUCAAAAUUAACAAAAAGAUCCCACGUGGUCCCCCGUCCCCUCCAGCCCCCGUCAUGCAUUCUCCAAGCAGGAAGAUGACUGUCAAGGAACAGCAAGAAUGGAAAAUCCCUCCGUGUAUCUCCAACUGGAAAAAUGCCAAAGGUUACACUAUACCACUGGAUAAGCGUUUAGCAGCAGAUGGCCGAGGGCUGCAAACUGUUCAUAUCAAUGAAAACUUUGCCAAGUUGGCUGAAGCCUUGUACAUUGCAGACAGAAAGGCACGAGAAGCUGUGGAGAUGCGAGCGCAGGUUGAGAGGAAGAUGGCGCAGAAGGAGAAAGAGAAGAAAGAAGAAAAGCUUCGGGAACUGGCGCAGAUUGCAAGAGAGCGCCGUGCUGGGAUAAAGUCUCAUGAAGAAAAAGAGGAUAGUGAAGCGAGAGAGAGGAAUGAAAUCCGUGACACCAGACGUAAAGAGCGACAGCAUGAUCGUAAUCUCUCCCGAGCGGCUCCAGACAGGAGGCCUAAACUGCAGAGAAACGAGGAUAGAGAUAUCAGUGAACAAAUUGCUCUGGGCAUUCCCAACCAACGGGCAUCUAAUGACAUUCAGUAUGACCAGCGACUUUUCAACCAGAGCAGGGGCAUGGACAGUGGGUUUGCAGGAGGAGAGGAUGAGGUUUAUAACGUUUAUGACCAGCCGUGGAGAAGCAAUAAAGAAAUGGCACAGAACAUCUACCGUCCCAGCAAGAAUACAGACAAUGAUGUGUAUGGUGCUGAUCUGGAUACACUGAUGAAAACUAACAGGUUUGUUCCUGACAAAGAGUUUUCUGGCUCAGACCGCCGGCAGCGGCGGGAGGGAGGACCUGUUCAGUUUGAAGAAGAUCCCUUUGGCUUGGACAAGUUCUUGGAAGAAGCCAAGCAGCACGGAGGAUCUAAGCGUCCCGACAGUGGCCGUGCUAAGGAACAUGAUCAUGAUGGAAAGAAACGCAGAAAAGAAUGAGGAGCCCUGCUCCUUAUAUAGGACUGGUUACUCUGCUGGAUGGUCAUGUAGUAGGGCCCUUUUCUUUAAAGACACAUUUUUAAAAGGAGAAAUGUAUUUUCCAAAUCUACCUUUAGGUUUUGUGUAAAGAAACAGGACAGGAAGGUAAGAAUCUACAGGUCCCGAUUGUAUAUAGAUUUAUAUAUUAUUUUUCAAAGGCAGGGUAUUAUCUACUACCAAGCUUGCAAUGCUAACAAGACACCUAACUGGGGAGCAUAAGGGAUUUGUGUACAUAAACUAACUCUCCCCCCCCCCCCCCCUUCCCUGAAGUGAGCACUUGUUUAAUAAAUGAAUGUCCCAAAACAAAAA